AUGGCAGCCCCGUCUAUGAAAGAAAGGCAGGCUUGCUGGGGAGCCCGCGAUGAAUACUGGAAGUGUUUAGAUGAGAACACGGAGGACGCUUCUAAGUGCAAGAAGUUAAGAAGCUCAUUUGAAUCAAGUUGUCCCCAACAGUGGAUAAAAUAUUUUGAUAAAAGAAGAGACUACUUAAAAUUUAAAGAAAAAUUUGAAGCAGGAGAUUUCCAGCCUUCGAAAAUGACUGCAAAGUCCUAG